CCUUGCUUCCACUGCUUCCUCUCGCGGCACAGAGAUGCGGGCGGUGGGUGGGAAAAAUGGGAGACGCUACUCGCAGCGAACCGCCACCGCCGCUUCCGAGGCCUCACCAAAAUGGCCGCCGCCGUCUCGGCCGCCACCACCAACACCACCGCCACCAACAGCUCACUAUCGCUACCGCCGGCGCGGCCCGUCCUCUCGCGAGAGACAAUCACCCAGAAAGCUGAAGCAAUUUCUCAGGUACUUUCAGCAAGUUAGCAGUGGAACCUGGGCCUCUGGAUUCCCACGACAGUCCACUUAUGUAGAGCUGCUUCGUUUUACGCAAGGGUGGUAUUCCCAGUAA